AGUGUAUCGUAUAAUUAGAAGGAUUGUGCCGAGAUGGAAAAAGAGACAAAUGGUGGCACUAACUCAGCAAAUGGUAAAGACAAACUUUUGAACGGAAAAGGUCCAGAGGAAAGUAAUAAUGAACUGGAACUGGGUGGAAGUCAAGAGUCUGUGCGUCUCAAACGAGAGGUCACGCUCUUGGGAGGAAUUUCAGUCAUUGUGGGUUCAAUGAUUGGGAGUGGAAUAUUCAUAUCACCGGUCGGAGUUCUGAAAAAUGUUGGGUCGGUUGGUGCAAGUUUGAUAGUAUGGUUGUGUUGCGGACUUGUAGCUACAUGUGGUUCGCUGACAUAUGCAGAACUAGGGACAAUGAUACCGAAGUCAGGUGCUGAGUAUCCAUAUUUGCUCGAAGCAUUCGGCCCAAUUCCUGCAUUUUUGUUUGUGUGGACCUCAUCAAUAGUGUUAAAACCGUCUGCGGUCGGAAUCAUCGGAUUAGUUUUCGGGGAAUACCUCAUCCGACCGUUCUUUCCGAAUUGUGAUGAAAUACCAACAUUGGCAAUCAAACUUGCCAGCGCGUGUUGCAUUUGUUUGGUUACCUUCAUCAACUGCUACAGUAUGAAAGUAGCGCAGGGAAUGCAGAUUGUUUUCACGAUAGCAAAAAUUGGAGCUUUGGGUGUGAUUAUUGUAGCUGGAGCGGUGGCUCUCGGAUUGGGGUACACAGACAACAUGGAGACAGCGUUCUCGAGCGAGAUGAAAUUUUCAACAAUAGGGACUGCUUUUUAUCAAGGAUUAUGGGCGUUUGAUGGGUGGAACCAGUUGAAUUACAUAACGGAAGAGCUUCAGAACCCUUAUGUAAAUCUUCCUCGUGCUAUUAUGAUUGGAAUCCCUUUUGUUACUGGAAUUUAUCUUCUGACGAACAUUGCGUAUUGUUCAGCGUUGACAAUGGUUGAACUCUUGGGUUCAAGGGCAGUUGCGGUGACGUUUGGCAUAAAAAUGCUCGGAGUUAUGUCAUGGGUAAUUCCGCUUGGUGUCGCUAUAUCAACAUUCGGCGGAGUAAAUGGAUACACGAUAACUGGACCCAGAAUUAUAUACAGCGCCGCAAGGAACGGACAUACUCCAGAUAUUUUGGCAAUGGUCAACGUGAAGCGAAUUACUCCAGUACCAGCAAUUUUAUUUAAUUCUUUGAUCGCCAUCUUGGUUACCAUUCCUAAUGACUUCGAUUCUCUCGUGAAUUAUUUUUCGUUUGCAAUGUGGCUUUUCCAUGGAAGUUCUGCUGUUGCUUUACUCUACAUGAGAUGGAAGAUGCCAGAUCGCGCUCGCCCUUACAAAGUUCCUGUUUUCGUCCCAAUACUUGUUGUAAUUUUUGCAACUUUUCUGGUUUUUUAUCCUAUCGUAUCGAAUCCUGCCUGGGAAUAUUUCUACGCAGCUUUGUUCAUUGUCAGUGGACUAAUAUUCUAUUUUCCAUUUAUUUACUAUAAAGUAAAAGUACCUUGUUCAGCGUACGUUACGCGAUUUCUCCAGAAGAUACUGAUGGUUGUCCCUUCAGCCGAAACCUCAAAAAUUUCGUAAAAGAAUAUUUCAACUAAUACAUAUUCACAUAAUACAAUAUUGCAUACCUAACUGAAGCGUUUCGUAUAAUGAAAAAUUGCAAUUACGAUUGUAAACUAUGCUUAUUUUUGGAAAAAUAGAUUUCCUCCACUUAGAGCAGACACUGUGCCAUGUGCUGCGUUCUGAACUCUUUUGAAGAAGUUCGUUUUAAGCCUAAAUUUUUUCUACAUAUGUGUGUUGCAUCUCAUUCUGAAGCCUCAUAUUUUUACCACAUAAAUACCGCCAUCGAGUGUAUAAAAGUACCAGUAAAAAAUAUUAUUCUCGGUGCUGUUUAUUUUUUCUAGGCUAAGUGUAUCGAAUACUUUUAAGUUUUCAGUUAUGCCUGGUUCAAAUCGGGUACGCAUGGAAUUUAUUUUUUGACCUACAUAUGUCUAGGUAAUUUUUCCCCGUUAUAUCUGUAAAGCACUCGCAAUUAGCGGAUAUGCAGAUUCAUUGGAAUCCAAUGGUAACUGCAAUGUCCUAAUCACUUUUAUGCAUAUUGCUAUUGUAGGAUAUUUGCUUAGCUUGCCUGCUAGUCACUGUUUGCUUGCUAUUUAUGUCGGUGGAUUCGUACACCUAAAAUUGUGUCACAGUCAUGCAUAAAGUGAAUGUCCAAGAGGAACCAAAAUCCUGCUGAACUACGUGCGUAAUUGCUGGAAUACGCCUGCCGCCAGUCCAAGGCGGGCGUAAUUAUCAUCAUGGAGUUGUGUUUUCAGAAAUGAUUCAAAACAAUACUGGUCAACUGAAGCAAGACCGGAUUUGUACCAUAUGUCACAAUAAAGAAGCGAUUGUACUUUUAUCUUGCUGUUUUAAAUAUAUUCGAUGUUGGUGA